AUGGAGCUUCUGCAAAAAUCUCCGUGGUGGGCCGCGACCCUGCUGACAAUUUCUGUACUUGCUGAUUGUUAUCAGUCUUUUAAUCCUCGUGGUUAUGGUUAUAAAGAUGUCAGUCAGGCCCAAUCUGUCAAACAGAGCGCAGAGCCAACCAGGCCGACAACUGUCCUCGUUAAGUGCCACGAAGAUUCUCUUGAAGUCGUGGUGAAAGCUGACCUUUUUGACAUGGGCAUUCUGGUGGACGGCAGUGAUUUGCACCUAGGUUCCAAUUCAAUGAGGAGCAAAGGCGUUGAAGAUUCUUGCAGUGCGGUUCCUACCCGGGAGGCAGAGUUUAGCAUCUUCGCACAUUUGACCGCAUGUGGAACCGAACUCGCAGUAAGUUUUCCGAUUACAUUUUAAGCACUUCAGCUUAAAUAUCUAAUCAUGCCACAUAUCUAAGUAUGCUAAUUAGGUUCACGCAUUGAACAAUUUACACCAAAGCCAAUAUGGAACUUUUGCAGGGGGUGCUCUGAGCCAAAGUUAGCUAAAGAAUAUUGUCCAAGAAACGCUUCCAUGGACAGGAAGGUCGUUGACUCCGCAACCGCAAAUACAACUUCGUGAGUCCAUGGACAUAAAGGGGCACACCUCCCCAAGGCCAUGUUCAAAUAUAUUGUUAGUUUAACACCUAAGGUUUGUGUGGUUAGGAGUUAAGAAGUUUAUUAAUAUAUGCGUGUACACCACUCAAUGCUCAAGUCGCAACUUGAGGAAACCAAUGAACAAAACGUCGAUAAUGAAUCGUCAAGCUGCACAUGUAACACCUGACAACGCUUUACCUCUUCCACAGUUUACGGAGAAGGAGCUGGUUUAUUCCAAUAUUCUCAGCUAUUCACCUGCACCCUCUUCUGGUGUCGUCAGAUUGGAUUCUGUUGUGAUUCCCGUCGAAUGCCAUUAUGGAAAGUGAGUGUUGGGCUAUCAGUAGCGGCAUUGAUGCCUGUUAACCUAAUAUAAAGGGUUUUUAAACUUAAAUGAUUUAAAUGUUUUUAUUUAGAAGGUAUGCUGUGGACAGUGCAGCCCUGGUGCCCAUCUGGAUCCCCUUUGCCUCAACAUCGACUGCUGAGGACCAUCUGCAAUUCAGCCUCCGCCUCAUCACAAGUAAGCUAUGUUUUUUACACUCUUAACUCAUACAUUCUUCAUGGGCCAUAAGCGUUUCACACUAAAACAUGCACUCUAGUAUGCAAGUUGCCAGCGUAGACCAUUUGAUAAUGUUUGCAACAAUUGGUCAAAUGAAGUGAACUUCUUUGAACAUGACCAUGUGGUGUAUUAUGAGGAAUUCAAAUAUCAACAUUAGGUCAUAACACUGGUAUAAGAAUCCCCGACAUGGCUGUUCUCUGACGUAGUUGCACAUCCCCACCUGCUUCUCUCUACAGAAGACUGGCCCUCUCAGUGGGGAUCAAAUGCCUACUUCCUGGGUGAAACCAUACACCUGGAGGCAGCUGUUGCCAUGAGCAACCACAUGCCCCUCCGUGUGUAUGUGGACCAUUGUGUGGCUACGGCAACUCCUGAUGCAGACUCAAACCCUAGACACAACUUCAUAGAGUUCUACGGGUAAGGUCAUCUAGAAAGUAUUGACUGGUAGUGGCCUUCAUUGAAAUGCGUGACUCAUCACAUGAUUGCUUCAGUUUGCAAUAGGAUGACUUUCAUUUUUCCAAUGCUUAGCUGUUGGAUAACAACUGUAGUAAACCAGCUAGUAGGCAAAUUCCUUUCCCUAACCACUAUCUCCCUGUCUUGCCUAAUUAGAUGCCUCACUGAUGCCCAGCUGACUGGCUCUAAUUCCCGGUACAUGCCCAGGAUACAGGAUGACAAGCUGCAUAUCAUGCUGGACGCCUUCAGAUUCUACCAGGAGGAUGCCAAUAUGGCAAGUGCCCAUCCCACAUCUCCCUCUGGGUUUCCUUUGUAUUUAUGUGAAGUAUUUUCCUUGUCUGCACCUUGACCAUUCUGAUAUCCAUUCCAUCGCCACAGAUCUUCAUCACCUGCCAUCUGAAGGCUGUCCCCACCAUGUUUGCUGUGAACUCAAAGAGCCGAGCGUGCUCCUUCAUUGAGAACCGGUAUGAGAUGCAGAUGGGGCAUCCUGCCUGUUGUUCAAACUGCAAUUUGGUCUAUGUAGACUGCCAACAUUGAAUGGGGUUUUUUAAUUGGCGCUGCCAGGGAAUUUCAUUAUAUGCAUAAUAUUGCUGUACUGUAGUAGUUAAUAAAAUGUAAUUGGAAGGUUAACAUAUGGAUACUGUAAAGUGUAUAUACUGUGCAUGGCCUAAAUUAGGGCAAAUUAACUUUGACCUGCAAUCGAACAAGUUCCUCAUUGACAAUGCAUUCUCAUUCCAGCUGGAGGUCAGCAGAUGGAAACGACCAGGCCUGUAGAAGCUGUGCAGUCUCCAAACGCUUCGAGGAGCCUACUGCCCCCAUGACUACAACAAACACUACUACUCCCAAACUAAAUCCAUCCAGCUUCCGCGUUCGCCCAGGCCAGCGCAGAGAGCAGCUCCAAAAGGUUGAGCCCAGAUCCAAGAAGCCUUACUCUGGUGUCUGGAGGAGGGGCACGGACACAACGGAAGGUGGGUUACGCACAACACAAAGCCAGAGGCAACCUGGAUGCAUUGCAUGCUUAGUAUGUCCUGGCUUUUGCUCCAGCCUAUGUUUUUGUGGUUUUUGGAUACAUAUUUUUUAAAGAUUAACUGUAAAGCAAUGUGCUCUAGCUAGAAUUGAGGCAAAAUAGAUUUUGAACUUUUCUUGGUGUUUUGAAUAUCAUUGACAACCAAUGACUGUUUUCUAAAAUGACCUCUGACAGUUUAGCUAAAUCAGAAAGUUAUUUAUUUCAGAGUGGAGCCAGACUACCAUCUUGGGGCCCCUGAUUGUUGUCCCUACUCAGGAAGUAUCACCUUGGAAACUGUCUCCACAACACUCUGCCCGAUAAUGACAUUGGGUGAGAUUGUAGACUCCAGAGGCAGUCCAUCCCAACGAGCUGCAGGAGGCUACAACUGUGCCAGCAGACAUCUCUACUGGCACACCAGUGUUACUUGCAAAAAUUAAGACUGGCACUGUGAACACCAUGGCGGUUUUCCAGUCACACAAGAUGGCAUCUCACUGGAUGGAAGGGUGCUGUGCAGGAAGUAAACUGGAACUUGAAUUCACUUGAUGCUAGGAUGGCAAUUGACCCAACCCUUCGCUAAAACAACUAACUAAGUUCUAGUUCCUUUUAAAGAAUGAAGUGUGAAUUCACAUUUUUGUGUUAGUCUUUGCUUUUCUGCUGUUCCAUUCCACCUUAACAUGGCCAAUGAAAAAUAAAACUUUUACAUCCAUAGUUGUCUUAUUUGAAUUUAGUUUUUGCUAUUCAGUCAAUUUAUCAGUUUGGAUCAAUAAUUGUCCCUGGAUUAUUGAUGGUCAAGCAAUAGGAUUAUAUUAAAUUAUAGCUCUAGCGGUCUAAGCUGCUGCCCCUGGAGCACAUACAAUGUUCUGCUGCCAGUAUGGGUUAGUAAGCUGCUGCCCCUGGAGCACAUACAAUGUUCUGCUGCCAGUAUGGGUUAGUCUGCGCUUUCAGCCCUCCUACCGGUCUUAUGUAGCAUAACUGCCAGCGUUAUGAAAUGCACUGAUCAUACGUGGCACCCUGCAUUCACAACCAAGUGUGACGGUGGCAUUUACCACGUACAACUGGGCUAAAUCUACUUAAAUGCCCAUCUGGUAAAUACCAGUGGGGAAACUCCCUCAUUUUUGGAAGUUUAAUGCAAAUACAAAAGUUAUUGAGCACCAUUUGUUUAUAAACAUGAUGGCUGUACUUUUAGUUUAAGCUUGUUGGCCAAUUUAUGACUUACUUGACAAUGUGGUCGGGUGCGAUGCAUUUGCAGAACCUCCGGAGGACAAAGCGCCACAUCGCCGUGCCUCCCAAAUUUUUUAGCAAUGUGGAAGGCUCUGUAUAGCGCCGCAUUGACUUGAUGGUAGGUGGGGGCUGGUGGUCCUGUAUAAAAACACUCGACGACAGCGCUGCGCAAGAAGUACGAAUGCCUUGACAUCUGCAGAGGCUGUAACACCGCCAAUGCAGACAGAUUGACCAUAGUGAAGGUAUCGAACUGGUAAUUUCCACCUUCCCACUUAGUUAUGAAUGCAGCAUUAGCACUUGGUCUUUGGCGCGGACCCAGAAGUAAUUAGAUUUAUUAGGAUCCCCAUUAGCCGACGCCAAUGGCGAACGCUAGUUUUACCGGGGUCCGACAACAAAAAAGACAUUACGGAUUGACUUUACAAUUUACAUAUAAAAAAAGUGUGCAUCAGUGACACACAUAAAAAAGUAUGUGGACACCCCUUCAAAUGAAUGAAUUCGGCAUUUCAGCAGCACCCGUUGCUGACAGGUGUAUAAAAUUGAGCAUACAGCCAUGCAAUCUCCAUAGACAAACAUUGGCAGUAGAAUGGCCUUACUGAAGAGCUCAGUGACUUUCAACAUUGCACCGUUAUAGGAUGCCACCUUUCCAACAACUCAGUUCGUCAAAUUGCUGCAACUGUAAGUGCUGUUAUUGUGAAGUGGAAAUGUCUAGGCGCAACAACGGCUCAGCCGUGAAGUGGUCGGCCACACAAGCUCACAGAACGGGACCACCGAGUGCUGAAGAGCUUAGCAUGUAAAAAUUGUCUGUCCGAUACAACACUCACUACUGAGUUCCAAACUGCCUCUGGAAACAACGUCAGCACAAGAACUGUUCAUCGGGAGCUUCAUGAAAUGGGUCUCCAUGGCCGAGCAGCCACACACAAGCCUAAGAUUACCAUAGCAAUGCCAAGUGUCGGCUGGAGUGGUGUAAAGCUCGCCACCAUUGGACUCUGGAGCAGUGCAAACGCAUUCUCUGGAAUGAUGAAUCAUGCUUCACCAUCUGGAAGUAUGACGGGCAAAUCUGGGUUUGUCAGAUGCCAGGAGAACGGUACCUGCCCCAAUACAAAGUGCUAACUGUAAAGUUUGGUGGAGGAGGAAUAAUGGUUUGGGGCUGUUUUUAUGGUUUGGGCUAGGCCCCUUAGUUCCAGUGAAGGGAAAUGUUAACGCUGCAGCAUACAAUGACAUUCUAGACUAUUCUCUGCUUCCAACUUUGUGGCAACAGUUUGGGGAAGGCUCUUUCCUGUUUCAGCAGUACAAUGCCCCCGUGGGAUGAAUUGGAACGCCAACUGCGAGCCAGGCCUAAUUGCCCAACAUCAGCAAUGUUCCAACAUCUAGUGGAAAGCCUUCCCAAAAGAGUGGACGCUGUUAAAGCAGCAAAGGGGGACCAACUCCAUAUUAAUGCCCAUGAUUUUGGAAUGAGAUGUUUGACGAGCAGGUGUCCACAUACAGUGGGGAAAAAAAGUAUUUAGUCAGCCACCAAUUGUGCAAGUUCUCCCACUUAAAAAGAUGAGAGAGGCCUGUAAUUUUCAUCAUAGGUACACGUCAACUAUGACAGACAAAUUGAGAUUUUUUUUUCCAGAAAAUCACAUUGUAGGAUUUUUAAUGAAUUUAUUUGCAAAUGAUGGUGGAAAAUAAGUAUUUGGUCACCUACAAACAAGCAAGAUUUCUGGCUCUCACAGACCUGUAACUUCUUCUUUAAGAGGCUCCUCUGUCCUCCACUCGUUACCUGUAUUAAUGGCACCUGUUUGAACUUGUUAUCAGUAUAAAAGACACCUGUCCACAACCUCAAACAGUCACACUCCAAACUCCACAAUGGCCAAGACCAAAGAGCUGUCAAAGGACACCAAAAACAAAAUUGUAAACCUGCACCAGGCUGGGAAGACUGAAUCUGCAAUAGGUAAGCAGCUUGGUUUGAAGAAAUCAACUGUGGGAGCAAUUAUUAGGAAAUGGAAGACAUACAAGACCACUGAUAAUCUCCCUCGAUCUGGGGCUCCACGCAAGAUCUCACCCCGUGGGGUCAAAAUGAUCACAAGAACGGUGAGCAAAAAUCCCAGAACCACACGGGGGGACCUAGUGAAUGACCUGCAGAGAGCUGGGACCAAAGUAACAAAGCCUACCAUCAGUAACACACUACGCCGCCAGGGACUCAAAUCCUGCAGUGCGAGCCGUGUCCCCCUGCUUAAGCCAGUACAUGUCCAGGCCCGUCUGAAGUGCAUUUGGAUGAUCCAGAAGAGGAUUGGGAGAAUGUCAUAUGGUCAGAUGAAACCAAAAUAGAACUUUUUGGUAAAAACUCAACUCGUCAUGUUUGGAGGACAAAGAAUGCUGAGUUGCAUCCAAAGAACACCAUACCUACUGUGAAGCAUGGGGUUGGAAACAUCAUGCUUUGGGGCUGUUUUUCUGCAAAGGGACCAGGACGACUGAUCCGUGUAAAGGAAAGAAUGAAUGGGGCCAUGUAUCGUGAGAUUUUGAGUGAAACCCUCCUUCCAUCAGCAACGGCAUUGAAGAUGAAACGUGGCUGGGUCUUUCAGCAUGACAAUGAUCCCAAACACACCGCCCGGGAAACGAAGGAGUGGCUUCGUAAGAAGCAUUUCAAGGUCCUGGAGUGGCCUAGCCAGUGUCCAGAUCUCAACCCCAUAGAAAAUCUUUGGAGGGAGUUGAAAGUCCGUGUUACCCAGCGACAGCCCCAAAACAUCACUGCUCUAGAGGAGAUCUGCAUGGAGGAAUGGGCCAAAAUACCAGCAACAGUGUGUGAAAACCUUGUGAAGACUUACAGAAAACGUUUGAUCUGUGUAAUUGCCAACAAAGGGUAUAUAACAAAGUAUUGAGAAACUUUUGUUAUUGACCAAAUACUUAUUUUCCACCAUCAUAUGCCAAUAAAUUCAUUAAAAAUCCUACAAUGUGAUUUUCUGGAUUUUUUUUUCUCAUUUUGUCUGUCAUAGUUGACGUGUACCUAUGAUGAAAAUUACAGGCCUCUCUCAUCUUUUUAAGUGGGAGAACUUGCACAAUUGGUGGCUGACUAAAUACUUUUUUUCCCCACUGUACUCUUGGUCAUGUAGUGUACAUGUCAGUACAUACACACAACCAGUAGGUCACAUUGGGGAGAGAUGUUGUGCCGUGAGGUGUUGCUUUAUUCAUUUUUUUAAACCAGGUUUGCUGUUCACUUGUGCUAUAUAAGAUGGAAGGGAGUUCCAUGCACUCAUGGCAUAAUACUAUACGUUUCCUUGAAUUUUUCUGGACCUGGGUACUGUGAAAAGACCCCUGGUGGCAUGUCUGGUGGGGUAAGUGUCAGUGCUGUGUGUAAGUUGACUAAGCAAACAAUGUGGAAUUUCCAACACAAUGUUUCUUACAAAAACAAGGGGGUUAGUUGCAGCCCUAUAUGGCGACCGGAUUAUGGGCGAAUGUGUGUGUCGAAAGGAAAGUAGUGAGCGAGCGUGUGGAAAGGAGUGGGUGUGUCGAAAGCACUCUGCUAUAGGUUAGAUGGUUUUGAUUGCUAUAUGUUAGAUGGUUUUGAUUGAGCUGUUUUUUUCUUCCGUUUCUUACCACACAACUACCUUACAUUGAGCUACCGUACCACGAGAGUUUGGACUUCUGUUUUGAAGCCAGUUUUACACAAUUGUACAUUUUCAGUUAUAAAACUGACGAUUGUUUAUUUUUUAUUAAAAGUACUGAUGAUGGAUGUAGUGUUGCUUCAUGUGUGGUAUGCGUGUGCUUACUGUGAGUCACCCUGAUAUUAGCUAGGUAGCUACUUCCCACACCGUUGCAGUACAGUAGGCUAGUGCUUGUCAAGCAAGAGCAAAGGGCACUGUGUCCCGGUGUUGUUGCGUUCAUGCCCUUCCCAUUGAGUAGUAGUAUGUAGGCCAGGGUUCUUCAAUUCCGGUCCUGGAGGGCCAAAACACUUCUGUUUUUUAUUUCUACCUGGUAGUUAAUUGCACUCACCUGGUGUCCCAUGUCUGAAUUAGCCCCUGAUUAGAAGGAGAGGAUGAAAAACAGAGGUGUUUUGGCCCUCCAGGACCGGAAUUGAAGAACCCUGAUGUAGGCUAUGUAUGUAUCAAGGUGACAUCUAGAUGGUUAGCAAUAUUUGUUAUUUAUUGUGUAGGCUGCUAUCCUACUUGCAAUUAAAUCAUGGGAGGGAAAAAUAAUUGCCACGUUAGCUACCGCCGGCGACACGACUUUAGCCUAACACCCAGUAGGAAACCCUUCCCGUCUGCAGACACGUUGAUACAACACCGGUGCACUUAUCCACUUGUCGUGCAGCCCAAUCAGUCACGCAAAACGGUCUUGAGUGGCAACAAUUCUGCCCAAUUAGCUGAUUCGUUUUCCAUACACACACACACGCAAACACAUUUUGACACACCCACUCGCCCAUAUUCCGGUCGCCAUAUUGGGCUGCAGCUACCCAUAUUUGGAAGUAAUGGGGCGUGUUUCUCUGCCAGUCGUUGCUGACGCCUGCCAAAAUGUACAACGCCUGGAUAGGUAUUUUACGUAUCAGCUAACCACAUAUGUUAUAGCAAUCUGUCAGUCAAUGACACAGUCGAUGACAUAGCACGCAACCAUUGGUUGAUGCACGCAAUGUUUGAGUAGGUGAAAGCUACCAUUGUGUUGGUAUAAUUGCAUCUUAAAGGGUCAAUCUGCGAUUGCUACAGUCGUGGCCAAAAAUAUAACUCAUCAUUUUCUCAAAAAAGUUGAAAUUGACCAAAGUAUUUGGUCUCCACAAUUCUUUAUUUCACUGUUAAUAUUACAGAACCGUUGUUAUUUAUUCAGAACUUAAUAUAUCCAUUUAAAUAAGAAAAUAAACAGAAAUGGCAUUGACAAAAAUUAUUGACACCCUAGACCUAAUAUUUGAUAGCACAGCUUUUGGUCAAAAUAACUGCAAUCAAGCACUUCCUAUAGCCAUUGAUGAGCUUCCUGCACCUCUGUACUGGCAGUUUGGCCCACUCCUCUUGUGCAAACUGCUCCAGUUCUUCCAGAUUUAAAGGGUGCCUUCUCCCAACUGCUGUUUUCAGAUCUCUCCACGAGUUUUCAAUGGGAUUUAGAUCUGGACUCAUUGCUGGCCACUUCAGAACAGUCCAGCGUUUUGUAUUGAACCAUUCCUGGGUGCUUUUUGAAGUGUGUUUGGGGUCAUUGUCCUGCUGGAAGACCCAUGACCUUCGACAGAGACCCAGCUUUCUGACACUGGGUCCGACAUUGCGCUCCAAAAUGCCUUGGUAUUCUCCUGAUUUCAUGAUGCCAUGCACACGUUCAAGGCACUCAGUGCCAGAGGCAGCAAAGCAACCCCAAAACAUCACUGAACCUCCUCCAUGUUUGACUGUAGGGAAAGUGUACUUUUCUUUGAAGGCUUAAUUUUGUUUUCUGUAAACAUAGAGAUGGUGUGCUUUACAACAAAGCUCUAAUUUGGUCUCAUCUGUCCACUGGACAUUCUCCCAGAAGGAUUUUGGCAUGUUCAGGUGUGUUUUGGCAAAUUGCAGUCGGGCUUUCUUAUGUCUCUCUCUCAGCUUUGGGGUCCUCCUGGGUCUCCUACCAUAUAACCCCCUUUCAUUGAGAUGGUAACAGAUGGUGCGAGUUCAAACUGUCGUACUUUGUGUCUGAAGGUCAGCUUGAAUCUGUGUGGCAGUUGAUCGAGGUGCUUUCUACACCAUUCGAACAAUCCUUCGCUGCAAUCUUCCAUCACGUUUUCUCUUUUGGCCACGUCCAGGGAGGUUGGCUCAGUGGCAUGGGCCUUAAACUUCUUGAUAACAUUACCUAUGGUGGAAACAGGAACAUCAAGGUCUCUGGUGAUGGACUUGUAGCCUUGAGAUUGUCCAUGCUUGGCUACAAUCUUGUGUCUGACGUCCUCAGAUAAUUCUCUGGUUUUAUUUAUUUUCUCCAUGUUCAUUGCGGUACACACAGUGACACAAAAACGGAGAAUGAGUCCUUUUCUCUAUUCAAACUGGUUGAAUUAGUGAUUUCUAUAUUGCAGGAUUCUGCAACUCACUUCAAGUUCAAUGCCAAUAAUAUUGUUUGGGCCAUUUUAGGAUUUCUUUGUGGAAUAAGCUAACAUUUAGUAAAUUCAGAUGUUUUUUGUUUUGUUCAACUGCAAACCAAAGAUAUACAUAUGUGGAUACCAAAAUAUUGUUUAAUUUCAACAGUUUUCUGGAAUAAAUUGUGCAUUAUUUGAAAAAAGUGCAAGGGUGACAAUAUUUUUGGCCAGGACUGUACAUAUAUAUUUUCUACCUUUAAAUUAAUGAUAUGUUGCCAUUGAUUAUUUGAUAAUAUAACUUAUAAAUAAUGCCUUAUGAGCUUAGUUCAACUGUCUACCCCAUCACAACCCAACAUAGAAUCUUGUUUUACUCCAUUAUUUGUAAACAAUGAAAUUGUAAACAAACACUGUAUAGCUUCAAAACAUUGUUUCAACUAUAAUUUUGAUCUCAUGGAUGGUCAGUCCUUGCAUCAAUAGCCUUGUCUAUGAAUUUGGGGGGUUACAUUUGAUUUCUCCAGCUUCAUCCCUAAGCUAUUUCUGCAGAAAGGUGGCACAGAAUGUUUUAAACAAAGUAUGUCCUUGUCAUGCAGGUUGUUGAUAGCCUACAAAUGGAGAUGCAGCAUUACUUCUUACCGUCGUUUCUACUUUGCAUGGAACAUUGGCCUGCGCUGUUUCUACUCCCUAUGGAAGAUUGGCCUGCGCUGUUUCUACUCCCUAUGGAAGAUUGGCCUGCGCUGUUUCUACUCCCUAUGGAACAUUGGCCUGCGCUGUUUCUACUCCCUAUGGAAGAUUGGCCUGCGCUGUUUCUACUCCCUAUGGAACAUUGGCCUGCGCUGUUUCUACUCCCUAUGGAAGAUUGGCCUGCGCUGUUUCUACUCCCUAUGGAAGAUUGGCCUGCGCUGUUUCUACUCCCUAUGGAACAUUGGCCUGCGCUGUUUCCACUCCCUAUGGAACAUUGGCCUGCGCUGUUUCUACUCCCUAUGGAACAUUGGCCUGCGCUGUUUCCACUCCCUAUGGAACAUUGGCCUGCGCUGUUUCUACUCCCUAUGGAACAUUGGCCUGCGCUGUUUCUACUCCCUAUGGAACAUUGGCCUGCGCUGUUUCUACUCCCUAUGGAAGAUUGGCCUGCGCUGUUUCUACUCCCUAUGGAACAUUGGCCUGCGCUGUUUCCACUCCCUAUGGAAGAUUGGCUUGCGCUGUUUCUACUCCCUAUGGAACAUUGGCCUGCGCUGUUUCCACUCCCUAUGGAACAUUGGCCUGCGCUGUUUCCACUCCCUAUGGAACAUUGGCCUGCGCUGUUUCUACUCCCUAUGGAACAUUGGCCUGCGCUGUUUCUACUCCCUAUGGAAGAUUGGCCUGCGCUGUUUCCACUCCCUAUGGAAGAUUGGCCUGCGCUGUUUCCACUCCCCAUUUAACAUAGGAUGCUAG